AUGAACCCGCCGCCUCCGCCGUACACCAACGUCCCGCCGCCUGCGUACACGUACACUUCGGCGAGCAUGCACAUCCAGACCCAAGUGACCAUGUCCGCGGCCUCCGCGCCGUCGGGUCCGCCGGCCAAGGUCGGCGAGAUCAAGCUAUGGGAUACGCCCAAGGAACGACGCAUGUACGAAGACCUCUCGGACCUCUAUGCAAUCAUCAAGACCACGGAGCAUCUCGAGACAGCGUAUGUCCGUGACGCCAUUUCGCCCGACGCGUACACAGAAGCAUGCACAAAGCUCAUUUCGCAGUACAAGACGACCGAAACCGCGCUGCGCAACGCGGGGCACCUCGUCUCCAUCGACUCGUUCUUGACACAUUAUCGCCUCGACUGCCCGCGCGCGAUUGAGCGCCUUGUGCGCCUCGGCGUGCCCGCGACCGUUGUGCACAACACGACGAGCAGUAGUUCCGACACGGUCAACGUCGCUCAAACGGUGCAACACUGCAUCACGCUGUCCGACUACCUCAAGCUCAACGUGCGCGCUGUGGACGAGAUCCAGCCGCUAUUGAGCGAGUGCAUGUCGAGUCUCUCCAAGGUCAAUGGCCUUCCGCCAACGUUCGAGGGCCGGCUCAAGCUAGAGCAAUGGCUCCGCGUCCUCAACGCCAUGCGUGCGUCGGACGAGCUCGACGACGACCAGAUCCGUCAAAUGAGCUUUGACCUCGAGCGCGCCUACACGGGCUUCAUGGCCUUCCUCAACAACCCCAAGCAAUAG